AGGAGAAGAAGAUAUCGCGAGAUUUAGCGGCAUUCGAUCAGAUAGUACAGCUACGAUCACAAUGAGUAUCUAAAAGUAGUUUGGUGUAUUAAAGCUCUUUUGAAAAACAUAUAUGUAAAUAUGUAGAGUUUAAACGUUACGAUACUGUCGAUGACACCUCAGAAGUUUGAUUUUUUAACGAGAUAUAUCAGAGAUGCUACCCGGUUGCUAGCACCCUGUUACCAUCUAAAUGCUAAAGGUAGCCUCGCUGUGACCAAGUGAAUAAUCUUUACUGUUUAUGCUAUAGUCAGGUUUUCGUAAGGAUGAAGUGUCACUACGAAGUGUUGGGCGUGAAACGAGACGCGGGAGACGAUGAUCUGAAGAAAGCCUAUAGGAAACUGGCCUUAAAAUGGCAUCCAGAUAAAAAUUUGGAGAAUGCAGAAGAGGCAGCAGAGCAGUUCAAGUUGAUUCAGGCAGCUUACGAUGUACUGAGUGACCCGCAAGAGAGAGCCUGGUAUGACAAUCACAGGGAAGCUCUGCUAAAAGGAGGGCUGAGUGGAGAUUAUGAAGAUGAUAGCAUUGACUUGCUGCAGUACUUUACCGUCACCUGCUACUCUGGAUACGGAGAUGAUGAGAAGGGCUUUUACACAGUUUACAGGAAUCUUUUUGAAUCCAUUGUUAAAGAGGAGAUGGAGCACACAAAGAUGGAAGAUGAGGAAGAGGAAGAGGAGUUUCCUCUCUUUGGAGACUCUCAGAGUGAUUAUGAUACAGUUGUGCAUGUGUUUUACGGCUACUGGCAGAGCUUCUGCACACGCAAAAACUUUGCUUGGAAGGAGGAAUAUGACACUAGACAGGCCUCCAACCGCUGGGAGAAAAGAGCCAUGGAGAAGGAGAACAAGAAGACCAGAGACAAGGCUCGGAAGGAGCGCAACGACUUUGUGCGACAGCUGGUGGCUUUUGUCCGUAAGCGUGACCGCCGCGUGCAGGCCCACAGGAAGCUAGUAGAGGAGCAGAACGCUGAGAAGAUCAAGAAGAUGGAGGAACUUAGACGGCAGCAGAAGCUGAAACAAGCCAAGCUGGCAGAGGAGUACAAGGAGCAGAGCUGGGCGGCCAUGUCUGCACUAGAGAAGGAGCUGCAGCAGAUCGAAGCUCAGUAUGGAGAGGAGUUUGGAGAUGCAUCUGAGAGUGAGGAAGAAGAUUUAGACAUGGACACACGAGAGAAGGAAAGUGAAGAGGGAGGAGACGGAGAGCAACCUGAUGGAGACAAUCUAACAGUUGACGACUUUGAUGAUCUCUACUGCCCAGCCUGUGAUAAAUCCUUCAAAUCAGAUAAAGCUAUGAAAAACCAUGAAAAGUCCAAAAAGCACCGAGAGAUGGUGGCGUUGCUACGGCAACAGCUGGAGGAAGAAGAGGACUCGCUUGGUUUGAACAAUGAUGGAAAUGACGGUGAUGAAAAUGAACAGGAGGAAGAGGAGGAGGAAGAGGAGGAAAAGCCAAGGCAAAAGCUGUCAAAAAAACAAAAGAGGAAAAGAAAACAGCAGAAAGUUUCACAACAAAGUGCCCCAGAGGAGGGGGAAGGGGAGAAACAGACACCCACCACUUGUGAGGAAGAUGCUCCUGAAAAGUCAGCUGACUCUGUAGAGUCUGAAAAGCAAGAAGAUCUUCCUCAAACAGAAGUCAAGAGCUCUGGGAAGACAAAAGGAAAGAAAGGAGGAGGAAAAGAUAAACCAAAGAACAUCAAGUCACAGACUGUUGAACAGUGUCCUGAGAAGGAAGUAAACCUCCGCUGUGUAACCUGUAACAAUGAAUUCCCUACAAGAAACAAGUUGUUCGACCACCUGAAGACCAGCGGCCACGCUACUGCGCUCUCUGCCAACGCUCCUCACAGCUCUAUGAGCAAGAGCAAAAAAGACAAGAAGAAGAACAGAUAACACAUCCUCACCUGCUCUGAUGGAGUUAGCAGGAAAAUCUAAAGUAAUGCUUUAAGAGUUUCUCUGGAGACUUUUGGGGGGGGCGACAAAAACACUUUGCCAGUGAACUGAGAACAAAUAAACUUUUUAUUUUCAUUAUUAUAUUCAGUGGGACUGUUGUGAGUCUCCAGGUUUUACAUUUCCUGAGCAGUGUCUGUACUUUUUGCUGUAAAGUAUUUAAGUCGCUACUGAUAAAUCUGGGAAGAAAACUCAGAACGUGUAUGGGAUCCAUCUCUCCAUUUUCAGAUCUGUGCCGUCUGCAGAGAUAACUAAUAAAGUCGAUACUGCAUGUUGGUAUUUAUACAGUCUUGGAAUCAUUUACAGGAAAGCCUGAGGCUAUUUCUAAAGAAUUCUGUUUAUCAGCAGUGUCGGUUAAACAAAAACAAGCAAGCUCCUGCUUCUCUACCCUGUUAUUGGUGAUGCAGUAAAACAAAACAUGCUACUAUAAAACCUUUGAAAGCACAAAUAUUUUUUUUAA